AGACAGCGUGGUGCCCAACAGCCAAUCAGAAUGCCAGAUUCCAGCGCUGUGUUCGUGGGUGUAUCCUGAAUGGUCCAAUGAGAAGCCGCGCUGAGUCACGCUCGGUGUCGCUGCAGGAACAGAGAGCUGCUGCUGCUGUCAGGUAUUUUGCGUGUCGACCAUCAGCAUCAUGGGAAAGAAGAGUCGAGUGAAGACUCAGAGGUCCGGCUCAGGAGGAGCGAGCGCUGUGACCUCACCUAAAGAAAUGAUACACCUGAUCUCUGAGCUGCUGCAGAAAUGCAGCAGUGCAGCGCCCUCUGCAGGUAAAGAGUGGGAGGAGUACGUUCAGAUCAGAGGAUUGGUGGAGAAGAUCCGCAAGAAGCAGAAAGGUCUGUCGGUGGUGUUCGGGGGCAGCAGGGAGGAACAUUUCUCUGCUCUGAUGUCAUGGGCUCAGGAGAACGGGGCGUCCUGUGAGGGUUUCAGUGUAUCAGACUUUGGAUCGGAGGGAUAUGGACUGAAGGCCAGCAGAGACAUUAAGGCAGAGGAGCUGUUUCUGUGGGUUCCCAGGAAGAUGUUGAUGACGGUGGAGUCAGCUCAGGAGUCUGUUCUGGGUGCUCUGUACAGUCAGGACCGGAUCCUUCAGGCCAUGGGUAAUGUGACUUUGGCGUUCCACCUACUUUGUGAGCGCUUUGACCCGUCUUCUUCAUGGCUUCCAUACAUCCGCAGUCUUCCUCAGGAGUACGACACGCCGCUCUACUACCAGCAGGAGGAGGUGCAGCAGCUGCUGGGAACGCAGGCCAUACAUGACGUCCUGAGCCAGUACAAGAACACUGCCAGACAAUACGCUUACUUCUUUAAACUACUGCAGACUCAACCUGCUGCCAGCAAGCUGCCCCUGAAGGACAGCUUCACCUUCGAUGACUACAGGUGGGCGGUGUCCUCAGUAAUGACUCGUCAGAAUCAGAUCCCAACAGAGGACGGCAGCCGAGUCACUCUGGCUCUGAUCCCACUGUGGGACAUGUGCAACCACACCAAUGGACUGAUCACUACAGGUUAUAACCUGGAGGAUGAUCGCUGUGAGUGUGUCGCUCUGCAGGACUACAAGGAGAAUGAACAGAUCUACAUCUUCUACGGGACCAGAUCGAAUUCAGAGUUUGUGAUCCACAACGGCUUCUUCUUCCAGGAGAACGCUCAUGACAGAGUAAAGAUAAAACUGGGUGUCAGUAAAAGCGAGCGUCUGUACGCCAUGAAGGCCGAGGUGCUCGCCAGAGCAGGGAUCCCCGCGUCUUGUAUCUUUGCUCUACAUUGUAAUGAACCUCCGAUUUCUGCUCAGCUUCUCGCCUUCCUCAGAGUCUUCUGUAUGACAGAAGAGGAGCUGAAGGAGUACCUGCUUGGAGAAGCGGCCGUCAGUAAGAUCUUUACUCUGGGGAACAGUGAGUUCCCCGUCAGCUGGGAGAACGAGAUCAAACUGUGGACCUUCCUCGAGACCAGAGCCGCCCUUCUGCUCAAAUCCUAUAAAACCAGCUCUGAGGAGGACUCUACCCUGUUGGAGAAACCGGAUCUUUCUCUCCACUCACGGAUGGCGAUCCAGCUCCGCCUGGCGGAGAAGCAGAUUCUGGAGAGGGCGUCUGCGAGUGGGCGAGCGAAACGUCUUCACUUUGAGAAGAAACUGCAGGAGGACGCUCCUCUUCCUUGCUAUGAGGAGAGUGACAUCGCUUUGCUGCAGAACUCGGAGUCCAAGCUCCCCAUCAUGCUGCGGGAGCUGGAGGAGGGGCAGGAGGUCCCUGAGGAGGAGCAAAACCUCCUACUGAACGGGCAGAAGGAGGUGUUCAGGAUGAAGAUAGAGGCUGACAGGGAGGAGGAGCAGAAGGAGGGUGGAGGAGACACAGAUCUGGACUCGAUGGAGAAAGGUCAGCUGGAGGCGGCUGAGCUGACAGUGGAUCGGACUGAAGAUAAAAGAGAAUAACAGAUUUCCCGGCAAAAAUAUUUAUUUAUAUUUGUCUCAAAAAGACUCAGAAAUAAAAAUAAUCUGAACUUGAUUUGUUGAUAAGCAGAUUACCACAAACCGAUGAUAUAAAAUAAAAGCAGGCUUAUAUCACCACUUUAACA